GGCGGGUGAAAGCCCGCAGCGCGCAGUAACGUUCGGAAACUCCGUUUUGCCGCUCAUUUUGACGAAUUCCCGCGUUUUUGUCUGUCAGUGUUCCCGCGCCGAGCAGCCAAGUUCAAGGAAAAUAUUUACAGUGCAUUUUCAAUAUGGAUCUAAGAUGGCGCGUGCUGCUGGCGUGCCUGGUGCUGGCGACGGCGCUGGCGUCGGAGGAGGAGGACCGGGACGUGCCCGAGCUCGACGAUGAAGACGACAGCGCCGUGUCGCUUGAAGAGGAGGAGAGUCGCAACCUCCGCCCGCGCGCCUACACUCCCAGCGCGUACUCCAACACGGUCGCCGGCGCCUACAACUCGCCCAGCGGCUUCCGCCCCACGGCGUCGCUGGCCGAGCUGGCGGGCUACCAGCAGCCGGAGGAGCCGCGGCCCACGCAGCAGCAGCUGUACGUGGAGCAGCAGCAGCAGUACCAGCAGCAGCCGCGCCAGCCGCCGCGCGCGCCGCAUCGGAAGCAGCAAGAGCAGCGCCCAUCCAAGCUCCAACAACUGCAGCAAGAAGUAGAAGACGAGCUGGAAGAAGAAAAGGAGGAGCCCGACCGCCUGGCGACACUGCUGCAGCAGAGCAAGUUCGACUGUGUCAGCAAGAACAGCGGGUAUUAUGCUGAUGAGGAGCUCAACUGCGAGGUCUUCCACUACUGCCAGGAUAAUGUCAAGCACUCCUGGAUCUGUCCUGAAGGAUUCACGUUCCAUCAGGUGCACCUGAUCUGCAUGCCGCCGAACCACGACAACAUCUGCCAGAAGUCGUCCAAGUACCACUUCGUGAACGAGUACCUGUACCGGCCCAUCAACGAGGAGGAGGUUCAGAGGAAGCCCAACGUGUCCCUGCGCUACUCCGACCGGUAUUACCCGGCCGAAGUGUACAAUGACGACCGCUAUGACCAGGAUGAGGAGGAGCCCCCCCGGCGGCAGUACGCGGCCCCCUCCCCCUCCCCCUCCCCGCGCCCGCAGUCAGCCCCGCAGGUGUUCCGCUCGGCCGAGGAGGUCAACAUCCCGCUGACGCAGCGUCGCCCGCAGCGCCCCUACGACUUCGACUUCUAAACCAACGCACCACAGUCCACUUCCCUUGGCGUUGGCGCACUUCCACCAGUGUAUAUAAUCCGUGCCUAUUGUAGUUCCAGGAUUGCUCUAGCUUGACAAAAACGUAGAGCAGAGCAGAAGUAGAGCAUUAACGCUCCGUUGCGUAAUUUGACCGUUUUUCGUAACCUAGAGUGACCCCGCAGAGCUAAAUAUAGCUACGCGCAUUGGUUCUUUGGGUAAAACUGUAUAACUCUACAACAUCGAGUUCAGGAUUUUCCCGACUGUCGAUAGGUAUCUUAAAUUAAAUACUCUAUUUAUAAUUUUGUACAAUAAAUUACUACUUUUAAGUUUUAAUUGCUCAUAAGUAAUUUACAAAUUAGGUUGUAAGCUAGUCUUCGGUGUAAAAUGAAUAAAAUGUUUUUAAAAGUUA